ACUCCCCCUGAUGUCAUCGGGGCUAAAAGGGGUCACGAUGACUAAAUGAGCUUGUGGUAUUUCUUAAUAUCUACAUUAACAUUAGAGUCGAUUUUUUAAAACCAAGCAAAUGGUUGAGUUGUUUUUGAUACAACUUUAAUAGAGCUGGAGGAAACAAGACCCCCCUUGGAUUUAAUCAAGCUGCACCAAAUUUCACACACCUGGAGAAAUUUAUUAUUCUCUGAGAAAAACACUUUAUUUCACAAUGUUUAAGAAAGGGAUAAAAAAAUCCUGCACCUAAAUUUAGUGGGAUCUUCCCUGACCCGUAUUCCAUCGUUCGACCCAGUUUCGUUAUAAUAUGGCUGUUUAAUCUUGCUCACAAACCAAAGAGACGGGGGUGAAAACAUAAGAGGUAAAAAUGUGCAAAAUAAAAGCAGGUCAGGCCGACUCUGAAUUGAGCUCUAAAAAACCCCUGAUAAAAACAUGAGUUUCAUCGAGUGGUGAACCUUAACAAUAACUUGUUAACAUUUGAACAGCUUUAAAGUUGAUAUUUAUGACAGUAGAGGUUUGAAAUUGUUGAACCUUUGGAUUAGGUUACACGUCUUCAUUUUGCCCUUCACUUCGGUGGAGGUAAAGAAACAGAACCAGCUGGGAUGUGUGUGUGGAGUUCAACCUCUGCACCUGAUGUCAAUCACCAGCUAAUGAAAACCUGACACUGCAGGAUCCUCACGUCGGCAGAGAAAUGGACGUUCAACAGCAGAAUGUAAGUUUAACUCCACUGUUUUAAUACAGGAAAUGCUUUAUUCAAAUAUUAUUCCAAAUAUUAUUAUUCAAAAAUCUGAAUAUACCUCCUUAAAUGGACUCGCCGGGCUAAUUCUCUCUGUACUUAAAAAUGACGUGAUGGAGCAGAGGCCUUAUCUGGAGCCCAUCCAGGAAGAGUCGGAGCAGGAGGAUGAAACUGAAGGAAGCAGAACCGAAGACAGAGAGGAGGAUUUUCAAAGUGAAGUGGGUGUGGAGAUGGGGGAGGAAGUGGCACAAGAGGAAGAGGAGGAGGAGGAGGAGGAGGAAGAUGACGAUGAUGAUGUCCCUCUGAGGGUUAUGAGACCCAGGCGACUGUCUCGCUCCCUCAGCAAAGAGAGUUUCCUUCAGUCGCGCUCAGCUGACAAUCACCAGGGAGACUUGGAGAAUAGCUCGGUGUCAGAUGCAGUGGAUUUAAGUGAUGAGGCUAAAAGUUCUUGGCAGACAAAUUUAGGAAAUGAGGAACAGGCCAUUGGUCGGGGGCUGAGAGAGAAGAAACUUCAAGCACCUGAACCAUCGGUGCAGAAAAAGACAAAGAAGAAAAAACACAAGGAGAAGUCACAAUGUCUGUUUCCUCCAUGGGUGGUGGAGCUGAUGGUCAACAUCGAAGAAGCAACAACACAUCGACUGGUGGUUGAGUAACGCUCGUCAUCGUCGGGGCUCAUGAGCUGAACGUGGGGACGUUGGGAACAUCAGGCUCUGACCCAACA